AUGGCAAGGUCGGCAAUCAAGGCGUACGCGUUGCGGAACAAGCUCUGUCACAGCAGCAACCUUCGAGGUAAGUGUCCCCCGGAUAUCGCCCGCGAUGCCGGCAAACUCGGAGAUGUGUUGCCCGAUGAACUUCACCAAGAUCGUGCUACCUGGGAACGUAUUGUGAGAUCUUUCGGAGACCUCAGGAGUUGGAUGGCCGAUGCUCCUCUUCCUGGUGAGUUAAUAUUCCACGAUGCCAUGUCUAAUUCCAUGCAGCAGGAGGAGUUGAUGCGCGAUCUCAACCGGGGAUUGCGCCACGACCGGCUGGACCAGAUGUACGUCAAAGACGGAGAGGCAAAGCGACUGAACCAACUAUGGCCGGGCCGGGCAGGUUCAGAUCCUUUACCUUACGUGCCAACGAUGGAACCGACUUACUCGCCAUCGGGCCGUUAA